AACUGAUCAACAGUGACACGAAAGACAACAAACUCAGUACGUACAUAUGUCAGAAAAAAAACGGCCAAUGUGUUAUAUAAAGGGUGUUAAGUUGCGGCGCACCCCUGCUGGCGCUGAUGGUGAUCCAGCCUGGCGAACGUCUGUGCAUGAUCGAUCGGUAAGUAACGUGGUAUAGAAUUGGAAAGGAAGAUAAUACUACCCGCGGAGUUGAAUAGACAGCAUCGAGUCGAGCUUCAAGUGAGAAGUGAACAUUGAUGUUCGCAACAUAAGUACAUAUGAUGUAAUGUAAAAAUGCUGUAUACGGCAGCACCUGAGAAUAAACCCUUGUACUUUCCCGCAUGCAUAUUGACCUUCUGCAAACGGGACGAAACUACUUAACCCUGCUAUGGCCAUCAACUUUCUCUCCUCAGGAUUGACUUCUUUUCGUUUAACAACUUGAAGCUUCUCAGCUACCUUCAGCCAUGCACUUCCUCUCUCGACGCUCUGCGGAGCCGCUAAGGUUAUCUACUGAUUUGGAUAUAGCUGGAGGAAAAAGUGCUGCAGCAAACACUCCCCUCCAGGUCCAGGAGAAAGUUUCUCCAAAUCGUGUCUUUAAACGCGUCACCACCCUCUUCAACCCUCGCAAAAGAACUUUGUCUAAGAACAUCUGCCCCAUGCGCCAUGGCGCGGGUGGCUACGGAGCAGUCGGAUUCAUUCGUGAUGCCACUGCAGUAUAUCCCCGAUUAUCCAGUGAUUCCUCCAUUGGAUCACCGGACGAAAUUCGGAGACCCAGCGGCCUAGGUCGCAGGGCCAGUUUAAUGGAGCCUUGGGAAUUACCAAGUGGAAAUGUUGAUCUAGAGCCGUUGGGUGGAAAUGGAGAACCUCUUGCAGAACCCACGACACAAGCUGGCAAUUACCGGACAGGAAUCGCGAUCCAGAAUCUUCCUGUGGAGGUCUUAGAGACAAUAUUGUCUUUUUUGCCCAGGUUCGAUCUACCGCGUAUUGCCCUUGUUUCGGCUCAGUUCUGCCUCCCAACGCGUAACGCGUUGUAUCGGAAACUCGACUUCCAAUCAAUAUCAGAGCCACAAGUUGAAAAGCUUUGUACCAUCCUCGCCACCCAUGCGUCUCUCGCUGCGAGGGUUCAAUCUCUCUCCUGUCACUUUUGGCCCGCGACAACGUCAAGCGAUGCCCACCUUAUACCAUCUCCUGAUUUUACGACCGCGUUGCAGAAUAUGUCGAACUUGGAAUUUUUUACGAUACGGACAUGUGUUCCAGUACUUUCCCAGUCGCCUUCUCUUCCUUUCCGGUUGAAAACACUGGUCAUCCUUGACGACACAAUCUCUCCGCAACAAGUAACCGACAUUCUACAUUUUCUCAAAAAUCAAACCUCCCUACAAUAUCUAGCUUUUCCCAACGUCGUCGAGACAGCUUUUUCCCCCGAAUAUUCCUCUCAUACAUCCGCAUUCGGGCUCGCACGAGAAAUCAUACUGCCGUCGCUCUCUCAACUGCACGCUCCCCCACAACUGAUGACGACAAUAUGCUCCUUAUUGGGACACGUACUCCAUAGUGUCGUUUUGGAUGUCACCACCACGCUUUACACGGGGUUGCGACCUGCCGCACUUCUCCGUGCUAUUCAAGGUGUCUCCAAACUGGACGUAGUCUUCACCCACGAGGUGGACAAACGAACGGUUGAAAAAUUCUUGGGUGCUGCCGGUGGAAUACUGUCAGAUAGUGGUGCUUCCAAUACUCGCGGUCUCGCCGUUUUGGAGGUGGAGGUACUUUGGAUGGAAAAUGACACCGCUGAAAUACUCUAUGGCAUCAUUGAUUCAGUCAUCUCGCGUUUUAAUGGCUUGCGCACACUCAAGCUCACCACACCAUUUCGUUCCAUGCAAACAACACCCUCAUUGUCUGUCUCCGUCCCACCGCCCAUACCUUCUCCGACUGCCACAACCUCGCUUUACCCUUCAUCGAUGCUGAUUACUUCGCCUCUGGGUGAUGUCCUAUCAAGCGACUUUGUGAGCUCAGGUACAGAGAAGACACAUGCCAAAAUGUGGACGACAGCCUGCUCUACACUUAGUGACAUCCAAUUUUACUUUCCGGAUCCAUCACCGCAGGCAGACGUGGCACUCUGUGGAGUGUGGUUUCACAGGAAACAGUGACGGUCGAGCCUCAGCUAUCGUUCAGGAUACAGCAGAAAAUAUAUUUAUCCACUCGGACAAGACACGGAUGUCUAUUCAACUAGACAAUGAUCUAGCAGAGCUGCAUCGCCGACCCCUUCCGGGCCCCCUUUACUGCUAUGCGGCAUUGUAUCCGAGCUUAGUGCAAC